UCUCUCUCCUUGUAUAAACCGACAUUCUUUAAGGAGUUCGAAAGGUCGAAAGCAGAUGCAUGUAACUUCAUCAUUUUCAGUCAAAGUACAAUUAACGGUGGGAACAUAUCUCUCUGAGUCGGCCGCUGUAUUGUUGUUUUUUUGGCAGGCAUCAAAUCUUUCUUUUUGAUUUACUAUUUAAAGAAAUUUAAUAAAAAUACAAAGCUGAGUAUAUUUAACUAUUCUUUGUACAAUAUAGAGAUUGACACCAAACUUUCUGCACGAUCUAUUAGCAGAAAGUAGCACGAAGAUUCAACUAUUCUCUUCACGGCUGUUCAAGUUUGAAUUUUCCUCCUUAUAUUAUAUAGCCGUUUGUAAGGGAAUUUUUAUCAGUUAUCUGUAAAAAAAGUCAGUUUUCUACUUUGUGCAUGUGCUCCAAAUCAAGUAAAAUACCAUAAGGGAGCCCAUCAAUUCAGAAAGAUACGAUUUGGGUUGGUCUUAUUUUUGAGAUACGGAAAGUGUUCGACGAAAUUGAUUUUGUCAGAGAUCAAAGUCGGUGGCUUCAGAUUCUGCAGAAACGGUGUUGUGUGUUGAAGAAAAGCAAACAUCUGGGUUUGUGUUAUUUUGUCUAGUUUGAAGUGGGUCGUACAUGUGCUUAUUAAAGGUGGCGAACCCAAGAAAAUCCAGUGAGUAUGUCAGAUUUACAGAUACAAGCGAUUCAGAAAUCACUACAACCACCGCCGCAGAAGGCGGUGCUCAGCCUUAUGGACAAAGCGACCAAUUUUUCGAACAAAUGAUUCAACAACAAAUACAACAGGAAGCUGACUAUUUGCUGCCAACUUCUUCGGCGAUGCCGAUGUUUACAGGGUAUGGUCAGACAAGAGAUAUGUCGGCAAUGGUGACGGCGCUGACCCAUGUGGUAUCGGGUCAGAAUUACCGACCCGAUAUCAGUGGUUCCGUUACGCCGUCGUUUGGUGGUGGUGGUUCUAGGAUUUAUUCAGCAAAUUCGCCAUCUUCAGCUUAUUCAUCUUCUAGCUCAGGGUCUAGAGCUGGACAAAAGAGAAGCCGUGAUCAAGAAGAAAGUGUUACUCAAAUAUUGGAACAAAGUCAUCAUGGGGUUUAUGGAGGGUUUGGAGAAUUUAGAGGUCGUUUACCAUCUUCCUCUGUUAAAGCUGAAGAAGCUACAAGUAUGGUGGCACCAACCAUUUCCACCAUUACAACAGUUCCAGCGUUCACAACAACUACCACAACCACAACAGCAGAAGUAGCAACUGCAGCAGCUAGUGGUACAAGUGAAGAAACAGGAGGAGAGAGGAGAAGGAGAUACAGAGGAGUAAGACAAAGGCCAUGGGGAAAAUGGGCAGCAGAAAUAAGAGAUCCACAUAAAGCAGCUAGAGUUUGGUUAGGCACAUUUGAUACAGCAGAAGCAGCAGCUAGAGCAUAUGAUGAAGCUGCUUUAAGAUUCAGAGGCAAUAGAGCCAAACUAAACUUCCCAGAAAAUGUUACUAGAUUAUUACCACAACUUCAAGCUUCUCAACCUACUACAAGAUUAGCCAUUUCUAGUUCCUCAACCUCAGCUUCUCAAUUUCCUAUGGCUUCAAUAUCUCAACCAACAGCAUUUUUCCAACCUCCUCAUCAUCAGCAGCAGCCAAUCCAAAGUUCAGAUAUGACAAGAGAUUAUUGGGAAUAUUCACAGUUACUACAAAAUCCUGCUGAUUUUUUUGAUCAACAGCAACCUUCAAGUUUGUUGGAGCAAAUGUUUUUUGCUUCUUCUAGGGCUGUACUGCAUUCAAACACUUCUUCUUCCUUGGGUAACUCUGCAGCUUCUUCUACUUCUUCCCCUUCAUAUCCCCUGCUCUUUUCAGGUCAGCAAUCUAGUUAUUACAGGCCACAAACUAAUCAACUUCAAGGCACCAGCAGUAGUAGCAGCAGUAGCUCCAAUUUUUCUGCACCAUUUUGGAGUAGUUCCAGCCAUUAUCCACCCUCUUCUAGUUAAUUCUUUCUUUUUUUAAAAAAAAUUAAAAAAAAAAUAUUUUCACAUAUUUUUUAUCUUUAUUUUUUUGAAGAUGGUCAACAUUUUUUGCUUUUCUUUUUUAGAUAUUGGUUUAUAAUUUUAUUGUACUUUGUACGUCACAUACAGGAAGAUUAGAGGUAGGCAGGGAUCAAUUAUUGACAUUGAUAUUGUCAUUAUUUUGGAAGAGUGAAAGGUCUCAUACAGAGUUUUCAACUUGUGCGUCCGAUCCUGUAUAUUGUUAACUACCAUUAAACAUGUAAAUAUUAUUUUGAAUCUGCUGUAAGUUCUAACU